AUGUGCCUCAGGGAAGCAGCAGGACCGCAGAAGAAACACGGAGCUCUCACGGCAGCGUUACCGCUCCCAGAGGAGCUGGAAACACGUCGAAGUCCCCGAACGGAAGAGAGCAGGAACCGGUGCAGCGGUUCCCAGAUCUCAGCCUCCCAGGAAGCAGCCGGGCUCCCAGCUGGUUCUUGUGGUGGGAACGUGCAGGGAGCCCUGAGCUGUUCCCGCCACAGUGAGGACCAGGCUCCAGAGCCUCAGCAAGAGGGCACCGCUCACCCCAGGGACUCACAAGUUUACCCCCACUGUGCGUUCACACACGCCUCUGCCUUGAGCUACUUUGUCAAGAAGGCGAUGGAAUCAGCCGGAGCCUGGGGCGGUGCCCCACCCGGUGGUGACGUCACUUCCGCGUCCACAGUGAUGCGGUCCCAAACCCCACUUCGCCCCGGUUCUUCCCUCGUCUCCUACCGGAAAGCCCAAGUGCGCGCGCGCGCGCGUAGGGCUUCCUGUCCCACGGGGAGCGAGGAGGGCCACGCUGCCCACUGGACCCCAGCGGCAGGCCCGCUGCUGCUGCUCUGCCCUCGGAGCACUGAGCCAGGGGCGAGGCGUCAGCCCCUCACCCACGACCCGAGGGCGCCCAUCCAGUGGGUGAGGGAGGAAGCCGAGGGCCGGGUCAGGCCGUCGCCCUUUGGUUGGUUUCGGGUCAGCGUCGCUGACCGCCCAGUGUGA